AUGAAAUCCUUCCUGCUCACCAUCAUUGCCGUGCAGAUCAUCCACUGCUUAGGAGUGCCUGUCCCUGAGGAUGCUCUGAGAGCCUCAGUUCUGAAGCUGAAUGAAAUUACUAAGGUUACCAAUCUGUGUGGUAUCACUGGAAGAAGAGUAGCAAAUACCUAUCGCACAGGUAAACUGUCAUACAGCGUGGAUUUAACAUUCUCUGUGAAAGAAACCAUCUGCUCCAAGAAUUCUGGACUGGAAUUUGAUGAUCCCAGCUGCUAUUUCCGUCCUAAAAAUAGCGCUGAGGAAGGGUUUUGCAAAAGCCAUGUUGAAUACUUUGCCAAUAAGGUGGCUGACAUUGAAGUGGAGUGUGAAGGUCUGAAGACAGUUGACAGUGAGAGUGACGUGACAGAAUCAAGUGAAGCCACUAUUGAGGAAAUAUCUGAGUCAAGAGAGACAUCAUUUGAAGAAACAUCAGAUGUGGAAAGCAAAUCAGUCGAGUCUUCACUGGAAGAGCCAUCAAAUGACCAAACAGAGUCAGAGGACACAUCCCUGGAAGAGACAGCAGAUGUCAAAACCAAAUCAAUAGAGACAUCACUGGAGGAGACAUCAGAUAUGAGAAGCAGAUCAGAGGAGACGUAUCUCCAGGAAUCUUCAAAUGAGAAAAGCCAAUCAACAGAAUUAUCACAUGAAAAAUAUUCAACUGAAUACAAGGAUUCAAGGUUCCAACACUAAUCAGAAGGAAGC